AUGUUUCAUUUUUUACAGUUUCAAUUUACAAAUGCCUCCCAAGGAGAUCAUCCGGCGGCUGCUCAAGAACAAGCAGCCAACGAAAGUCCUACCACUCCAUUGCCUACCCCUGUCCGCUCAGGAAAGUGCCAAUCUUACUCAAUGUCAUUUGUAACCGUCGCUUCUCCCGUCAAAGCUUCUAAGCCGGCGGAUCCUUCACCAAUGCAUCCCCCACCCAUCGGCCUUGAGCCUAUUCUGCAAGUUCCACCACCUCCACCUGAUCUUCCGGUGUCACAAGGCUCACCGAUAGCAUCAGGUGUUAUUUUUGGACCUAUUGUCACAGUUUCUAGUUUUUCGCUUCCUACGAACCUGUUAUGUGCUGAAGAAAUGAAGGGUGAUGGCGUUUAA